AUGAAGCGCAGUAGUAGUGACAACACUACUACUACUAACAACAAGAAGAUGACACUGUUCCCCGCAGUGUAUUACUACUCGAAAAGCAGCAGUUCCCAACAUCCCGUAUUAAAAACGAACGAUUUACCCCAUGAACCCAAUCAUGUGGGCAUGAAGUCUCCUUACUAUUUCUUGUGGGCAUCUGUCUUUGCCGUGGUGCCCGUCGCCUACUGCUACAUUGCCUUGAUUUUGUUGCGCGAAGUGGGACUCUACUGGCAUGAUACGGUGGGCGCUUUACUACAAGAGUAUACUCCAUGGGUGUGGCAAUUGCUGCAAUUGUCCAAAGCAUCGCGGUGGAUGGAAUUGUGGUGUUGUUUCGAAGCGCUCUUUUUCUUUGGACUCAAAUGUCAUGUGUACUAUUUAUCCAGUCGCGAUCCUUUGGAACAGUCGCUCUCGAGUGCACCGUUUAUGAAACACCACGAACGCGCACUAUUGUGGCAUCGCAUGAUGGAUGCCGAAUCCAAUCCGGCCGAAAUGAUUUCUGGAUGGUUCUUUGAUCAGCCCAUUGAAGCGCUGACGACGUAUGAUGUACGAGAAUUUAUUACCUGGAGCAUGUUUGAAGGACGCAAUCAGGAACACUUGACACGACAAGAAUUGCAGCAGUUGCAAGAAUUUGUCGAAAUGCUGGAAUACAAAAUUAGUGAACAUUGGUAUGGAACCAGGCCUGAAGUUGAAUCAUCAAUGGAUGAACAAGAACAACAAGACACAAUUGUGGAGGAAGAGGAAUCAUCAGAAGAAAAUAGUCAAGAAGCAAAAGAAACAACUCCCAAAAUGGUGCCAAGGAAAAUGUUCCACUUUCCGGAACCCACCGAACACGAACCUCCCAAUUUCUUUUCCAAUCUCUACGAGUCCUAUCGACGAUCGUAUGGGACCUACAAGAAAAUGAUUGUGGAAAAAUCACCCAUGGAUAUGAACAAAAAUUUAAUGAACUUUCAUCCCGUGGAAGAUUUCAAAAAUUUCAUGGCGUCUACGACACAACAAAUAUUGGAAGCAGAAGAAUUCUAUUCCAAAGCGGCCAGUCAAACGGCAGAAUCGGCACGACAAGCUGCCACCGAAACCGCACACAACAUUUCCACUCGUGUGACACAAACCACCAAUCACAUGUAUUCUACCAUUGUGCAACCGGGAUCGGCCGUCGAACGACGAUUGCAACAAACCCAAACCCAACUCAUUCAUGCGUUCUCGGUCAUGAAAGAGAGCAUGACGGAACGACUCGAGACGGCCAAGUUUCUCGCGGGACAACGCAAAAUCAUUACCCAACAAUUGCGGGGUUAUCGUGAAAUGCUCGAUCGAUUGCGCUUUGCCGAUAAUUCCAGUGCCAGUCAAGGUGUCAUUCCAUCCCAACAAAUGGCCGCUCUGAUGCGCCGUAUUACCGAAUCCAAUCAAGCAUUAGAGCGACUGGAAGCGCAUGCCAAAUCGGCAUUUGAUCAAGCCACGGGGUUUGUGGCGCAGCACACGACACAACAACAACCGCCCCAACGGUAUGCCAAAUACUCGUCCGAUCCACUCUUGGGAAUUGCCAUGUAUCCACUCGGAUUUCAUUUGCUACUCUUGGGCGCCACCGAAUUGCCGCUGCGUGUCAUGAUGCACCGCAAGGGAUUUGAACGACGGAGUAUUGGACCCGUCAAUUAUUACUUUCAUCCUGGAACACACGUCGACGACGAUGACGACAGUGAUGACGAGGAUGACGACAAUACAUCUCCCUUUCACGACGACCACAACAACAAGAAUACACCCCUCGUCUUUGUUCAUGGCAUUGGCAUUGGACUCAUUACCUACCAACCACUCAUUGAUGCCAUGUUGCAAUCGGGACGACCCAUUUUCUUGCCGGAAUUGCCCUUUGUGUCUGGAUUUCGACCCUGGCAAGGACCCAAUGCCGUGUUACCACCGGCGGUUGUGUGCAGUACCAUGACGGCCAUGUUGGCCACACACGGAUAUCUCAAGGGCGCCUUUUGUGGACAUUCCUACGGCACGUCUUGGUUGAGUUACAUGUGCAAGUAUGCACCCACGGCUGUCGCGGCAUUGCUCUUUUUGGAUCCCAUUUGCUUUUGUUUGCAUGCACCCCGAUUGACCAAAAAGUUUGUCUAUCAUCGACCCGAUCCCGGAACCAUUUCGUACAUUAUUCGAACCGAUCUCAUUGUCAAUUGGACCAUUCAACGAUCGUUUCCGUGGGCGUGGAUUAUUUUGUUUACCGAACAGAUUCAUGUCCCGUGUGCCGUCUUUUUGAGUGAACAAGAUGCCCUCGUGCCGGCCCAAAAAGUGGAAGAGUAUCUGCGCCACAAGGAUGUGCCCGUGUCGGACUUUGUGCCGGGCAUGAAGUUUGACAAUGACGACAUUAACGACCAAGCCGCCGUGACGGGAUGCGUUUUUCGGGGACACGGACACGGCGAUUGGACGGAUUAUCCCACCGAUACCGUUCCUGUCAUUGCGGAUUGUCUGCAGAAUCUCUGUGAUCGAGCCGAGCAGGACUAA